GUCAUGGCUAACCCACGCCACGAAGCCGUCAAGAACGACCUGCUGGAGGCAGUCAGGAGCCGCGAGGCCGGCGCUUACCUGGAGGAGAUCGACGCCUUCCUGAAGCAAAAGAAGAAGUACAACGCCGACGACGUCAACCUCGCCCACCAAAUCAUCGAAGUGUGUCUUGUCAGCGACAUCCUCGAGAAGGAGCUGGAGGACGUGAACGGACGCCUCAAGGAGAAGUACACGCUGAGCAACGAGAACGCCGAGCUCAGGGUGAAGACGAAGAAGAAGACGACGGUGAAGAAGGGGAAAGUGAGGCGGUUUAAGAGGGUUCCGGCCGACAAGGAGGGGACCUAAGGAGAGCAGGACCAAGCAUCGGAUGUCCAUAAUUGGUGUUCAGUUGAAGGGGCAGCCCUUUGCAAUUCGUGGACGUCCUCCCACGGAUGGAGAGAGCCUGGAGACGACAGAUCCUUCGGCAGGAUAAGGACAGCCUCGCACCAGAGGUCGCCGGGGGAACUUCGGAGAGCCAAGGUGCUUCGUCCAAGAACUGAACAUGGAUUUAGUGAUAUCGGUGCUGUGAUCAUUGGCAUUGGAAAAGCGUUGGGGGUGUUCUUUCUACCGUGUCUCAUGCUUUAUUGCGUACUAUGUAAUUUUCUUUCUUUCUUUCUCUCUUUCCCUCUCUCUCUCUUUCUCUCUCUCUCUCUCCCUCUCUCCCUCUCCCCCCCCUCUCUCUCUCUCUCGCUCUCUCUCUCUCUCUCUCUCUCUCUCUCUCUCUCUCUCUCUCUCUCUCUCUCUCUCUCUCUCUCUCUCUCUCUCUCUCUCUGAGAACUUACAUUUGUUAAUCUCAAUUUUUAUUCUCCUUCAUUUUGUUGUUCACCUUUACCACAUCAAUUAUUAUUUUUUCUCUCUUAUUUUCGUCUACCAACAGUACAGUUGUUUUGACCAUCAUGUCUAUCUCGUUUCCUCCUUUCACAUUUUAGCUUUAUUUCGCGAGUUUUCUUUUUUCUUCGCAUUUCUUCAUCAUCUCACUCUCCUCGUUUUCUUUUCGCGGAAAUAGUUACCCUUUCAUUUAAGUGUUUCUUUCUUUCCCACAAUAUAAUAUUUUUUUUCUUGCAUUCUUCCUCUUCUGUCCUAUCUGCCACAUCAUCUUUUUUUUCGUUCACUUUCUUUUCAUUUCAUAAUCCUUUCUGCUUAAAUACGUGUUGUUUUAAGGAAAGUGAAGUUAAUAUAUAUGCAUUUAACAAUUUAUUUAUUCGGCGAAUGCAAAGAGUGGAACUGUCUACACAAGAAAAUUAUAGGAUAAAAGUGAAAAUGGGAUAAUUGAAAACGAUAAGAAAAAGAAAUAGACCAUUAGUCUGUAUAGAAAUUAUUGAUAAUUAGUUUUACUACAGUGAAAAAAAUGAUGGACAGUUUGCAAAGUUAGAUUUUUUCGGUGGUUAUUCGAAGUUUUCGUUUAUUGGUAAUAUGUUUGCAAGGAAUAACUGAAGAAAAGUUAAUUAACAACUUAUAGCCACGUUCCCUUGUGUAAAUAUGCUCCAAUAUACUCUCUGUAUUUACUUAAGAGAUACCAAGUACUUUCACACAUUUCUACAUUUGUUUUCAUACAAGGAAGGUGACAAAACAUUCAACAAUAUAAGCUGAAUAUAGAAAAUUUAUAUAUCUUCGUUCAAGAAAGCUAUUUUGUGUGCAGUGUUUUUUUUUAUUUUAUUUUUUUAUUUUUUAUUUUUAUUUUUUUUGUUGCCUAGUUACAUGUUUUAUAUAUUUUAGUUAUAGUUCAGAAUUCUCAUUCUUUAUUUCAAUCGAUUUUAUGAUAAUUAUUAUUACUAUUAUUAUUAUUAUAUACAUUUUUGUAUAUUGUUUGUAUAUUAUUAUUAUUAUUA